AUGAAAACUGACAUGAUUGCUAUGUGUAGUGGUGAAAAUGAAAUAAGAAUUUGGGAUUUAAAAAAUGAUGAGAAUGGAGCCGUAUCAUUACGAACAACAAAAGGUUUUAGUGCAACAGAUACUAUCACUUGCUUAUCAUAUUCAAACAUUAAAGAUUGUUUAUCAGCUGGAACUGAAGCUGGUAAAAUUGCUAAUUGGCGACAUUGUCAUAUAGAUGAUGAAAAGCUCGAUAAGCAAUGGAUUUUGCAGGAAGCCGUUAAUAUUGGUGCUAAAAUUACGAUGAUUAAUUGGUCAACAAUUUCCGGUAUCCUUGCUGUUUCGACAGGAAUUACCGUAACAUUAUUAAAGGAACAACCAAUUCUUGCACAUAUGAAUGAAAAUAUAGCAGUACUACAAACAGGUUCAAAGAAAAUUACACUUCUUUGCUUACAAUCAAUCGAGCAAAAUGAUAUACGCAUAUCAAUUAUUCCAAAAGGUCUUCAUAUAGGUGAUAAGCAUUUGGCACUUUGGGAUGAUCAACAAGUAUAUUUAUACGAAAUAAUUAAUGAGGAAAAUGUAAAAUUAAACGUAAAAUUGGCAGCAAAUUUUAAUUGUUUGACUUCAAGUGUUGCUGUAUAUCAACAGAAUAUUUGUUGUAUUGAAAAUGAUAAAAUAAGAAUUCGAACAUUUCAGGGUACUGUAAAGCAAGUAAUAUCGUUACCAGAAAUGGAAGGUAAUCCAGUAAUGAUAGAUAUUAAUAAUUAUUGGAUGUGUAUUGUUAGUACUAAUGGAUUUAUACGUAUUUAUGAUCUAUCUGCAAGGUAUGAAAUUAUAGAAUAA